AAAGAANCCCAAUGAUUAUUGAUUACCGCAACAACAAAAAGAAAAGCAGCAGUCGCCGGAAAAGCCCAAACAUGCAUUACCAGUAUAUACCCAAAUUCCGCAAUAAAUGCUGAGAGCAAAACAGUUGAUUUUGCAGCAUUCUUCUUCUUUUAAUUUAGUCCAGAAAUUUGAAGAAAAAAAGAAAUGGGUUUGCUCACAAACAGAGUGGAGAAGAGUGAGAUUAAGCCAGGGGAUCAUAUCUAUACUUACAGAGCAGUCUUUGCAUACUCUCAUCAUGGCAUCUUUGUGGGGUCGAACAAGGUGGUCCACUUCACCCGAGUCGACACCUCAUCAUCCUCCUCCGAGCCCCACGAGCCCAACAACACACAAUGCCCGACCUCGUCCCCAGACUGCGGCUUCAGACGGCCCCACAGCGGGGUCGUUCUCUCCUGUCUCGACUGCUUCCUCAAAGGCGGGUCCCUCUACGCCUUCGAGUACGGUGCAACUCCCUCGGCAUUCCUCGCCAAAAUCCGUGGGGGCACGUGCACCACCGCGCCCUCUGACGCGCCGGGUCCCACCGUCCACCGAGCCAUGUAUCUGCUGAGCAAUGGGUUUGGGAAUUACGACGUGUUCCUCAACAACUGCGAGGAUUUCGCGCUCUACUGCAAGACGGGCCUGCUGACGGUGGAUAGGGCUGGGGUCGGGAGGAGCGGGCAGGCCUCGUCAGUGAUCGGUGCCCCGCUGGCAGCCCUGAUCUCGUCCCCACUGAAGCUGCUGAUGCCGGGCCCACUUGGGGUGGCGGCAGCGACAGCUGGGGUUUACUGCGCCAGCCGUUACGCGACGGAUAUUGGGGUGCGGACAGAUGUGGUGAAGGUGGCGGUGGAGGACUUGGCUGUGAAUCUCGGGUGGGGAGAUGAUGGGUUGAUCACGGUGGAUUAGGUAAGUGAAAGCGUAAUUUGGAAAUCUGUGUGUGUGGUUAGGUUAGUUUGAAUGUGUGUUGGUUGGGAAUAUGAUGAUUUGUAUGCUUGUGGAUGUCUUGAGUUUGUUCUCUUUGUUAGUCGGUAGUUCAGCUGAGAAUUGCUGCUUGUAGUGUUUGUUUGAUGGGUUAACUGUGAAAAUGCUUUAUGCGCACAAAUCGAACCCACAUUAAUGAGACGGUUUGAGAAUUAGAAGGGAAGCUCAUAUUUGCAAAUACCAAA